AUGAUAAAAAUCAUCUAUUUUAAGAGUAAAGUCGAUGGUACACGCUACGAUUUUUCGUACUAGAUUUAGCCACUAAGCACGAGAGCCUUUCGCGAGUAUCUUUUAAGACCUAAAAUCACAGAGGUUAUGUUCAAGAAACGUGGUCGUGUUCGAGUAAAGAUAUCUUUUAUCACAUUUGUGCCUCAUGGUAUUGUUUCGAUUGGAUGCGAAAGACUUGUAUUAUAUCAUCUGCGCUUACAUUUAUACUCUAUUUCUGGUUGGAUGCAAAGGACUUAUAUCUUAUACGCUCACAUUUAUUGACUCUUCUAUUUUCUGUUAUACGGAAAGAACAAUCUUUAAGAUGCGGAAAUCUUUUCGUGAAUUGUCAACAAGGCAACAAAAUCGUCGCUUGCAGGCGUACGAAAGUCAACAAGAGCAGGAAACAAAUUCUUCUCCAAAAAAUACUCUAGCUAACGUCCGUACCAAUGUGGAAUUGGUCUCUAAUUUUUACCAAUCCAUUGCUGAUAAUUCAGACGAUAGUGACGAUAAUGACGAUAGAUCCGAUAAUAUUUCAAUGUCUCACGAUCGAGAAAAUAUUAUAAAUGAGAGUAAUGGAAACUUUUCCGAAAAUGCGUACAAAAAUGAAGACUUUUCUACUUGGUUACGUUCGUGGAAAUUGAAACAUAACAUUUCACACAGUGCUAUGUCGGAACUUUUGAGUCAAUUGAGCAUAUGCGGCCAUGCCGAUUUACCAAAGGAUGCAAGAACACUGUUACGAACACCCAGGUUUAACUCUAUCAAGAUUUCAGCCAGCGGAGGUAGUAAUUUUCAUUACGGUUUGGAAAACGGUCUAAUUGAUCAAUUGAUACGUACUAAUUAUGAAAAUGAAAAUAACGUAAUUGAAAUAGAUCUGAAUAUUGAUGGACUGCCAAUAAGUAAGAGCAGCAAAAGUCAAAUUUGGCCGAUAUUGGGAAAGAUCUACGGAAAUAAAGCAUUCACGCCUUUUAUUAUUAGUGCCUAUCAUGGGUACACAAAACCGAAAUCUUUAACAGAUUUUCUGGCUCCUUUCUGCGAAGAGUAUCGUGAACUUCAACGCACAGGAAUCGCUUUCCGUAGAAAAACUUAUGCAGUAAAAAUAAGAUGCGUAAUUUGCGAUAGUCCUGCCAGAUCAUUUGUUACAGGCACUAAAGCACACAAUGCCUUUUUUGGAUGUGGCAAGUGUAUGCAAGAAGGCACGUUUGAUAAUCGUCGCAUGCUUUUCUUAGACUUUGAUUCACCUCCUCGCACCGAUGAAAAUUUUAAAAAUAGAUUGCAAGAAGAGCACCAUAAUAAUACGUCUCCAUUAGAAUCCAUACUGCCUAUGGUGUCACGUUUCCCUCUUGAUUAUAUGCAUCUAGUGUGUCUGGGAGUCACAAAGAAAUUGUUACAGUUGUGGACAAAUGGAUAUCAUACGUCAAAACUGAGUGGUCAAAAAAUAACGCAGUUAUCUGACAAAUUAAUUGCUAUUUCAAAAUGGAUACCAAAGGAAUUUCCUCGAAAACCACGAUCAUUGGAUGACUUGUCUCGAUGGAAAGCAACUGAGUUGCGAUUGUUUCUUCUAUACGUAGGACCAAUUGCUCUGCAUGGUAUUUUGUCGCAAGAUAAUUUACGACAUUUCAAUGUGCUACAUUGUGCUAUUCGCAUACUAUGUCAUUCAACCGAUUUCUUACACAACAAUGAAUAUAGCAGAGAUUUGUUGAUACAUUUUGUGAAAAUCUGUAAAGAGUUAUACGGAGCAGAUUCAAUUAUUUAUAACGUACACAAUUUAAUUCAUUUAAGCGAAGACGCACUCAAAUAUGGAUCACUCGAUAAUUUUUCUGCAUUUCCUUAUGAAAAUUACAUGCAGACAAUAAAGAAAAUGCUCCGAAAAGCUGAAAAGCCACUACAGCAGCUGUACAACAGAAUCUCCGAAAUAAAUACCGAACUUAAAAUUACUGACAAUGAAUCCAUUUAUCCCAUCCUGAAGAAGGAAUUUCGAGAAAUUCUUCCUGCAAAUUGCAAAAGAGCACAUCGUGUAAUUCAAUUCAAAGACUUUAUUCUGACAGCUAAGAAACCCGACAAUUGCUGUUUCUAAAAGAUAAUACAAUUGUUGUUAUUAAACACAUUUGCUAUAACGGAGAUACUGCCGUCAUAAUUGCAAGAAAGUUUUUAACGAAAAAUUCAUUAUCUUUGUACCCAUGUUUAUCGGAAAAUAUGGAUAUGUAUAUUGUAAACAAUUUAUCCCAGUUAAUGAUAUCGGAAGUUACCGAAAUUUCGAAUAAAGCUGUUCAACUUCCAUUCGGGGAAGACUCAUGGUGCUGUAUGCCAUUGUUACAUUCAUUGUAGCAUUAAAUUAGAAAUUAUUACUACCUCUAUACUUCCUGAUAGCGCGCUAAUGAGAAAGAAUGGAGUAUUAUGUUUUAUUGUAUGAUAUGUACUGCAUAUCUGUGCCAUCGUCAUGGAUCAAUUUCGAUCAAAGUACUUUCAAGAUACCCAAAAA